AGACUACUUGCUUUGAAAUGUCUGGAAAAAGAGUAUGCAGACCAAUUUGCUCAUCUCCAAGGUUAUGUGAGAGAGAUCGAGAAGACAAACCCAGGUAGUAUUGUUGUGCUCGAUACGUCUUGCAAUGCUGCGGAUUUAUCCGGUUGCUUGGGCAGUAGUACAAACUGAAAACUCGGAUAACUGGUUGUGGUUUGUUCAACGGCUGAAGGCUGAUUUAGUUCUCGGUGAUGGGAGCAGAUUUGUUCUUAUUUCUGAUGGCUCAAAGGGUCUGAUCAGUGCAGUGAAGGCUGAAUUACCUAAUGCAGAGCACAGACGAUGUGUUAAACAUAUUGUGGACAAUUUAAAGAAAAAGCAUAAGAACAAAGAUUUUCUGAAACCAAUGGUUUGGAAUCUAGCAUGGGCCUACAAUAAGACACAGUACAAGGCAGAACUCCAGAAUCUGAAAGACUACAACAUGUCUUUGUAUGACGACGUGAUGAAGAAGGAACCAAAGACUUGGUCGUUGGCAUAUUAUAGGCUUGGAAGCUUAUGUGAGGAUGUUGACAACAAUGCAACUGAGUCAUUUAAUGCCACCAUUCUUGCAGCAAGAGCUAAGGCAGUUGUGCCUAUGUUGGAAACUAUUAGAAGGCAAGCAAUGGUUAGAAUAGCUAAAAGAAAUAAGAAAUCUGAGAGGCGCGCAGAGAAAUUCACAAAAUAUGUGGUUAAGAUGCUUGAAUCGGAGAAGGAAGACGCUGAAAAGUGUAUAACGACUCCUUGUACUCAUGGAGUUUUUGAGGUUAGUCUUUAUCGCUGUUCAUAUGACGUAAACACGACAAGGAUGACCUGCACAUGUGGGAAGUGGCAGAUAACGGGAAUUCCAUGUGAACAUGCUUAUGGAGCGAUGAUAGAUGCUGGGUUAGAUGUUGAAAAUUAUGUUUCUGAAUUCUUUUCCACUUCUAUAUGGCGGAUGACAUACAAUGACUCUAUCAACACCGUUAGAGGACCACGCUUUUGGAUGAAUGGUACAUACAGGUUAAUAGUCGAAGCUCCGGAGCCUAUACUCCCUGGACGGAAGAAAAAGAAGAAUAAAAAAAAGUUUCCGAGAUUCAAAGGAAAGCAUGAAUCGCCAAAGAAGAAGAAGCAAACAGAAACACUAGGAAGGGGGGGGGGGCGAACCAUCCACUGUUCUAAAUGCGGGGAAGCUGGACACAACGCAGCCGGCUGCAAAAUACACCCAAAGAAGAAAAUAAAGAAGACAGGAGAAACAAUCGAGCAGGUGAAUGUUUUUAGUGUCUAG